AUGAAGUAUAUUUUAGGAGGGUAUUUGGCUAAUAUGCCUAGCGAACCAAUGUCAUCACCACUAUCACUAAUCUUAUCAUCUCCAAUGUCGUCACCAAUUUUAGCGGGUAUUAGUGCAAGCAGCCGGAGAAGUGACAUUCCAUGUGAAGGUGGAAAUAUUUACACAUCUGAUCACUUUGUUACUUAUCAUCGCAAGGAGGAUAGUGAUAUUUGGUGGCGUCUUUCGGAUGAAUAUGUUGAGGAAGUCAAGUUAAAGCAAGUGCUUAACAAAGAAGCGUAA